ACCUGAUCCUGAAAGUGAUAAUGGUGAUUCUCAUAUGACAUUGAAAGAAUUAGAACAAAAGUGGAAUAAUCUAGCUUUAGGAACUCUCAGUGAAAACCAUUUACAUUCUCCAACACCUUCUCAUAGUUAAAUAAGUAAUGAUUUAAAAAUGGAAUUUCCAAAUAUUGGAGCAAGAUGUUCAAUCAAAGAUUGCAAACAAUUAAAUUUCUUACCAUUUGAAUGCAAUCAUUGUCAUGAUUUAUUUUGCAAAGAACAUUUUCAUAUAUCUUCUCAUAAAUGUUUAAGUUUUAAAGAUAAGAUAACAUACACUAAAAUAAAAGCAUCAAGUUAUACAUGUUCAGAGGAAUUUUGCAAAGAAAUAUCGCCUAUUGAAAUGCAAUGUAUUAAAUGUAAAAAACACUUUUGUCUACAACACAGAUAUCAUGGUUGUUUAGAAUAUACAAAUGAAGAAAAAACAACAAAGUUAAAAAAGUGGCAAAUACCAAAAAAACAAUUUGCAGAAGCGAAAGCUAUAGUGGAUGAAGAAAUUUCAAAUACUUUGAAGAAAUCUAAAAAUACUGCAAUGGCUAAUAAAGUAAGGCUUAUGCGUUUAAAGGGUUCUGCUGUUGGUGUGAAAAAUAUACCAAUGAAUGAGAGAUGUUAUUUUCUUGUAUAUCUCCCAAUUACAAUAUCUAAUAAACAUAUAGGAUCAUCAAAAAGUAUUUAUGUGAAUAUAAAUUGGACAAUUGGGAAGGCAAUAGAUUCAAUAGCUGAUAUAUUAAAAAUAUCCAAUAAUAAUAAUUUAGCAAAAGCAUGCAAACUACAAUUAUUUCAUUAUGCAACUGGUGUAUUAAUAUGUAAUGAAAUGAAUAUGCUAUUAACAAAAUUAUUUGAAAAUUCUGAACUUGUUGAUGGACAAAGUAUAAUUUUAGAAUAUUCAAAUAGUACUUUUGUAGAUUAUACUUUAUAUAAAUAAAUAUUUACAAAAAAUAAUAAAA